AUGACAUCAUUUUCAAGGGAAUUUUUAAUUUUUACUUUUUUUCUAUCAGUUUUUUUAAUAAAUAAUGAAUCUCUAAUCUAUGGUGUUCAGAUACCAAGUAAUUCAACUACAAAUACUACAACAAUUCCAUUGACUACUUUAAGUGAUAAAAAUAUUAAAAAUAUUUCACGUUGUUCUCCUAUAUCAGAUGUUCCAAAUGGAAAAUUACGAUUUUCAAAUUCACUUGUAAAUAAUACUUAUAUUCAUGGGACUAUUGCAACAUUAUCAUGUAAUUCUGGAUACCAACAUAUUGGUGAUCUCAUUGCAACUUGUCGUGAAGGUACAAAUUGGACAAAAAUAGGAAAUUGUGUUAAAACAGACUCAAUGGAUUGUCGUCCAAUGAAUGUAAGUCAUGAUAAUGGCUAUAUAAUUUAUGUUUCUUCAUCUAUUGAUCAAUUAAUGAAAAAAGGUACAAUUGCUAAAUUAGUAUGUAAUUCAAAAUCUAAACCUACUGGAGUUACAGAAAUUAAUUGUACUAGUAAUGGUUGGGAUAAUAAUGUUUCGUUUGGUAAAUGUUCUUUAAAAACAAGUGAUGAUAGAUUAAAAAGAGAUUCAGACGAUAUACUAAAAUUUAAUACACAAAUUACAUGUCCUCAAUUAAUCAUUGAUCAUGGUGCUAUACAAUAUUAUCAUGAUGGUAUAACUAAUAAUGGAAAUUAUCCACAAGGAACAACAGCAAUUCUUUCAUGUGAAUCUGGUUAUGAACCUGUUGGAGUAACUUCAUGUAUGUGUUCUAGUGGUGUAUGGAAUCCAGCAAUUGGUUCAUGUAGAUUAAUUACAAAUAUUAAUUUAAAUCAACAAAUUCCAACAAUAGUUCCUCCAGGAAUUGCAACAAGAAAAAGGAGACAAGUAACUCUUCCAUCUAUUAUUGGAAUUGGAACAACAACAGGAUUAUGUUAUCUUCCAAUGCCAUUUGUUUUAGGUGGUACAAUUUCUUAUAGUAACAAUCAAAUUUUUCCACCAUUUACUUCUGGUACUGUAGCUACAUUGACAUGUAGUAAUGGUGCUGUUCAAGGAAUUUCAACAGCUACCUGUAAUAAUGGAUCAUGGAGUAGUUCAAGUCUUGGAACAUGUAAUACAACAAGUAAUAUAGGUAUAUCUGGUUUAUCAGUAUUUUCACAAUCAUCAUGUACACUUCCAGUAGGAAGUGGUCUCGGUGGAUCUAUUACAUAUACACAAGGUGCAUCAUAUGGACCAUUUCCACACAUGACUAUAGCAACUUUAACUUGUGAUUUGGGAGCAACAGUAUCAGGUACCUCUACAACCACAUGUAUGAAUGGUGUUUGGACUCCAUCUACUCUUGGAACAUGUGUUUCAUCUGGAUCAAACAAUUUACUUGGAUCAACAUCAAUGGGAUUAAAUAAUAUUAUAACUCCAACAUUAACAUCAACAACCAAUGAUCAAUGUUUUUCUGGUGUUAUUGAUCCAUUAAAUGGUAGAAUUACAUAUUCAAAUGGAGCAUCAUUUGGUCCUUUUCCAGCUGGAACAGUAGCUACAUUAACUUGUAAUGAUGGAUAUGUUCCAUUAGCACCUUUCAUUUCAACAUGUACUUCUGGUGUAUUUAGUCCACAAGCAACAGUUCCAACUUGUGUUACAAGUUCCCUUUCUAAUGGUACAGGACAAUUAAACGGUUCUUGCUUUGCAUUAGCAGCACCAUUAUCAGGAACAAUAGAAUAUUCAUUACCAAUUUCAAGUACCACACAGCAAUACCCUGCUGGAACAGUUGCAACAUUAAUUUGUAAUUCAGGUUUCAUUGCAAGUGGGACAAUUUCAAGUACAUGUAACUCAUCUGGUUGGACACCUUUUGGUUUAGGAACAUACUUUGAGAUAAAAAAAAUUAAUUGUUUGAGUAUAGGAGAAAUUGAAAAUGGAGUUAUUACUUAUGAAGGUGAAGAUAUAUAUAAAAAAGAUAAUUUAUAUCCUCAUGGUACAACAGCUUAUUUAUUUUGUUAUUUUAAUUAUAAUCCAAUUGGAUUUGGAAAGACAUCAUGUAAUAAUGGUAAAUGGAAACCAAAAAAUAUUGGUAAAUGUAUUUUUGAAAAGAAAAAAUGUGAUGAAAUAAUAAUUGAUGGUAAUAAUAAUUUUGAAGGCGUAUUAUUAAAAUAUUUAAAUGAGUAUGUUGAAAUUAAAUGUGAUUAUGGGUAUCAGUUAAAUGGAAUUAAAAAGAUAAAAUGUCUUAAAAAUGGAGAAUGGGAUAUUGAUAUUAAAAAACAUAUAUUUUGUACUAAAAUAAAAAGUAAAAAUGAAACAAAAGAAUUUCAAAAUACUUUAAAAAAAACAAAAAAUAUAUAUAAUCAUAAACCUUGUAUUACACCAUGGGAUGGAAAUUCAUUAUAUAAUUAUAAAUAUAGUGAAAUAUUUUUAUCUCAUUCAUUAUUAAAAAAUGGAAUGCUUCCACAUAAUACUUAUAUAUCAUUAAAAUGUAAAAAUAGUCAAUUACAUGGAUCAAAUGAUUCUUAUUGUGUUGAUGGUAAUUGGUUUCCACACCUUGGAAUAUGUAAAAUUAUUGAAGAAAAAAAAUUUUCAUCCACUAGUUGUCAAGAAAUAUCAAUUCCAAAAAAUGGGAUAAUUAAAUUUAUUGAAUCUUCAAAAAUAUAUAAUAAUGAAAUAGGAACAUAUGGAGUGUUACAUUGUGAAAAAGGAUAUAGAAUAAAAGGUAAUCCUUUAGUCACAUGUACUAUAAAUGGAUGGGUUCCAAUAACAGGUUUAGGAAACUGUGAAAUAUUACUUAGAUAA